AGAUGUUUAAUCUUUGUACUUUGUCACUGAGCAGGAUAAGUCUUGGCGUGUGCGUUACAUGGUAGCAAAUCAGCUCUAUGAGCUUUGUGAAGCCGUGGGACCUGAGCCUACUAGGACGGAACUGGUGCCUGCAUAUGUGCGUCUACUUCGUGACAAUGAGGCUGAAGUACGCAUAGCAGCUGCUGGAAAAGUUACUAAGUUUUGUCGGAUCCUAAACCCUGAACUUGCUAUUCAGCACAUUCUCCCCUGCGUAAAGGAGCUAUCAACAGACUCAUCUCAACACGUCAGAUCUGCACUGGCUUCAGUUAUAAUGGGAAUGGCUCCAGUCUUGGGUAAGGAUGCAACAAUUGAGCAUCUCCUUCCAAUCUUUCUUUCGCUGUUGAAAGAUGAGUUUCCAGAUGUACGCUUGAACAUCAUCAGCAAACUCGACCAAGUGAACCAGGUUAUUGGGAUUGAUCUACUAUCGCAAUCCUUGUUGCCAGCAAUUGUAGAACUUGCUGAAGAUAGACACUGGAGGGUAAGACUUGCUAUCAUUGAGUACAUACCUUUGUUGGCAAGUCAGUUAGGUGUUGGCUUCUUUGACGAUAAGCUUGGCGCUCUUUGCAUGCAAUGGUUACAAGACAAGGUCCACUCAAUCCGCGAGGCUGCUGCCAACAAUGUGAAGCGUCUUGCUGAAGAAUUUGGUCCUGAAUGGGCAAUGCAGCAUAUAGUUCCACAGGUUCUUGAGAUGAUCAGCAACCCUCACUAUCUGUACCGUAUGACCAUUUUGCGUGCGGUUUCUCUUCUUGCACCAGUGAUGGGCUCAGAGAUCACAUGCUCCAAGCUCUUACCUGUCGUGAUGACCGGGGCUAAAGACAGAGUUCCAAACAUCAAAUUCAAUGUCGCUAAGGUGCUUCAAUCCCUCAUUCCAAUUGUCGAUCAAUCGGUUGUAGAGAAGACGAUUCGUCCAGGGCUUGUGGAGCUAAGCGAGGAUCCAGAUGUUGAUGUCAGGUUCUUUGCAAACCAAGCUCUUCAAUCUAUUGAUAAUGUGAUGAUGUCGAGCUAAAAAAAAACUUUUAAAUCUCUGUCCCUGGUUUUCUAUUUGAUGCAAGAUUCUAAACUCUCAAGACUUUGUAACGUAAGUAACUGAGAACUCUUGUGUUCUGUUUUUUUUUAUUUUUUCAUGCAAACUGCCUAAGUUGUCUACUGUCUUGUGUUAUGUUGUGGUUGGUUUUUUUGUAAGUUAUCCUUUUUAGUUAUUGAACAUUUUUCGCAGAACAUGCAUGUUUCCUCA